AGCAGGGCUGAACAAUAGAGACAGGCAGACGGGCGAGGAGGAGAGCCGGCUGCCGCGGCUGGGCUCGGAGAGCGGGCGCCCAGGCAGCCCGGACCCGGGACCCGGGCCCCGGCCCGACAGCAGGCGGCCAGCGCCCCCAGGGAAGGGGGACCAUGGGGGAGCCGGCGGCAGGCGCCCCCGGCCAGCCGCGCGCCUCCGCCUGAGGGCGGCUUGACGGACUCUGCCCCAGCCUGGCCGCUCCAGCCGCCAGCCCUCGAAGCCCGGAGUCCGCCGGCUCUGCGGCCGCGGCCGCUGCGCCCCGCGCCCUCCGCCCACCCGGCGCCGAACAGCCCACACGGCCCCAGGCUUCGCCGGCCCCCGGCUGCCUGCGGACGUCCUCCUUCAGUCAUGAACCCCCCGGAGGGGGCAGCGGAGGAAGGAGGAGCAGCCGACUCGGACGUGGACGCCUUUUUCCGGACAGGUUCCUUUCGGAAUGAUGGUUUGAAAGCUUCUGAUGUCCUUCCCAUCCUAAAGGAAAAAGUGGCCUUUGUGUCUGGGGGCCGUGAUAAGCGAGGUGGACCCAUCCUGACCUUCCCUGCUCGCAGCAAUCAUGACAGAAUAAGACAGGAAGACCUACGGAAACUCGUGACCUAUUUGGCCAGUGUGCCAAGUGAGGACGUGUGCAAACGUGGCUUCACCGUCAUCAUCGACAUGCGAGGCUCCAAGUGGGACCUUAUCAAGCCCCUCCUCAAGACACUGCAGGAAGCCUUCCCAGCCGAGAUCCAUGUGGCCCUCAUCAUCAAACCCGACAACUUCUGGCAGAAACAGAAGACCAACUUUGGCAGCUCCAAAUUCAUCUUUGAGACGAGCAUGGUGUCCGUGGAGGGCCUCACGAAGCUGGUGGACCCCUCCCAGCUGACCGAGGAGUUCGAUGGCUCCCUGGACUACAACCACGAGGAGUGGAUCGAGCUGCGGCUCUCCCUGGAGGAGUUCUUCAACAGCGCCGUGCACCUGCUCUCGCGCCUGGAGGACCUGCAGGAGAUGCUGGCCCGCAAGGAGUUCCCCGUGGACGUGGAGGGUUCUCGGCGGCUCAUUGACGAGCACACGCAGCUCAAGAAGAAGGUGCUGAAGGCCCCUGUGGAAGAGCUGGACCGGGAGGGGCAGCGGCUGCUGCAAUGCAUCCGCUGCAGCGACGGCUUCUCGGGGCGGAACUGCAUCCCGGGCAGCGCCGACUUCCAGAGCCUGGUGCCCAAGAUCACCAGCCUCCUGGACAAGCUGCACUCCACCCGGCAGCACCUGCACCAGAUGUGGCACGUGCGCAAGCUCAAGCUGGACCAGUGCUUCCAGCUGCGGCUCUUCGAGCAGGACGCGGAGAAGAUGUUCGACUGGAUAAGCCACAACAAGGAGUUAUUCCUGCAGAGCCAUACAGAGAUCGGAGUCAGCUACCAGCACGCCCUCGACCUCCAGACACAGCACAAUCACUUUGCCAUGAACUCCAUGAAUGCCUAUGUCAACAUCAACCGCAUCAUGUCCGUGGCCUCCCGCCUCUCUGAGGCUGGCCAUUAUGCCUCCCAGCAAAUCAAGCAGAUUUCCACGCAGCUGGACCAGGAGUGGAAGAGCUUCGCAGCUGCCCUGGAUGAGCGCAGCACCAUCCUCGCCAUGUCUGCGGUGUUCCACCAGAAAGCUGAGCAGUUCCUGUCGGGAGUGGACGCCUGGUGCAAAAUGUGCAGUGAGGGUGGCCUGCCUUCCGAGAUGCAGGACCUGGAGCUGGCGAUCCACCACCACCAAUCCUUGUAUGAGCAGGUGACCCAAGCCUACACAGAGGUCAGCCAGGAUGGCAAGGCGCUGCUGGAUGUGCUGCAGCGCCCCCUGAGUCCUGGCAACUCGGAGUCCCUCACAGCCACGGCCAACUACUCCAAGGCCGUGCACCAGGUACUGGACGUGGUGCACGAGGUGCUGCACCACCAGCGGCGACUCGAGAGCAUCUGGCAGCACCGCAAGGUGCGGCUCCACCAGCGGCUGCAGCUCUGCGUCUUCCAGCAGGACGUCCAGCAGGUGUUGGACUGGAUUGAAAACCAUGGUGAGGCCUUUCUCAGCAAACACACAGGGGUCGGCAAGUCCCUGCAUCGAGCUCGGGCCCUGCAGAAGAGGCACGAUGACUUUGAAGAGGUGGCUCAGAACACAUACACCAAUGCAGACAAGCUUCUAGAGGCAGCGGAGCAGCUGGCUCAGACCGGGGAAUGUGACCCCGAGGAGAUCUACAAGGCAGCUCGACACCUGGAGGUGCGCAUCCAGGACUUCGUGCGCAGGGUGGAGCAACGCAAGCUUCUGCUGGACAUGUCUGUCUCCUUCCACACGCACACAAAAGAGCUGUGGACAUGGAUGGAAGACCUUCAGAAGGAGAUGCUGGAAGAUGUCUGUGCCGACUCCGUGGAUGCGGUCCAGGAGCUGAUCAAGCAGUUCCAGCAGCAGCAGACGGCCACUCUGGAUGCCACGCUCAACGUCAUCAAGGAAGGAGAAGACCUUAUCCAGCAGCUCAGGUCAGCGCCUCCCUCCCUGGGGGAGCUCAGCGAGGCCAGGGACUCGGCUGUGUCCAGCAACAAGACGCCCCACAGUAGCUCCAUCAGCCACAUCGAGUCGGUCCUGCAGCAGCUGGAUGAUGCCCAAGUGCAGAUGGAGGAGCUGUUCCACGAGCGGAAGAUCAAGCUGGACAUCUUCCUGCAGCUGCGCAUCUUUGAGCAGUAUACCAUUGAGGUGACAGCAGAGCUAGACGCCUGGAAUGAGGACUUGCUCCGGCAGAUGAAUGACUUCAACACGGAGGACCUGACGCUGGCAGAGCAGCGGCUGCAGCGCCACACGGAGCGGAAGCUGGCCAUGAACAACAUGACCUUCGAGGUCAUCCAGCAGGGCCAGGACCUGCACCAGUACAUCAUGGAGGUCCAGGCCUCGGGAAUUGAGUUAAUAUGUGAGAAAGACAUUGAUCUGGCAGCCCAGGUGCAAGAGCUACUGGAGUUUCUCCAUGAGAAGCAGCAUGAACUGGAGCUCAACGCGGAGCAGACGCAUAAGCGGCUCGAGCAGUGCCUCCAACUGCGGCACCUCCAGGCCGAGGUCAAACAGGUCCUGGGAUGGAUCCGCAAUGGGGAGUCAAUGCUCAACGCCAGCCUGGUCAACGCCAGCUCUUUGUCCGAAGCAGAGCAGCUGCAGCGGGAGCAUGAACAGUUCCAACUAGCCAUCGAGUCCCUCUUUCAUGCCACUUCCUUGCAGAAGACGCACCAGAGCGCCCUGCAGGUACAGCAGAAAGCGGAGGCACUGCUCCAGGCUGGCCACUACGAUGCCGACGCCAUCAGGGAAUGUGCUGAGAAGGUGGCCCUCCACUGGCAGCAGCUCAUGCUGAAGAUGGAAGACCGGCUGAAACUGGUCAAUGCCUCCGUGGCCUUCUAUAAAACCUCUGAACAGGUCUGUAGUGUGCUGGAGAGCUUAGAGCAAGAAUACCGGAGAGACGAGGACUGGUGUGGUGGACGAGAUAAACUGGGACCAGCAGCAGAGAUUGACCACGUCAUUCCGCUCAUCAGUAAACAUCUGGAACAAAAGGAGGCUUUUCUUAAGGCCUGCACCCUGGCACGGCGGAAUGCGGAGGUGUUUCUCAAGUACAUCCACAGAAACAACGUCAGUAUGCCCAGUGCCGCCAGCCACACUCGGGGACCUGAGCAGCAAGUGAAAGCCAUCUUGAGCGAGCUCUUACAGAGGGAGAAUCGCGUGCUGCACUUCUGGACCUUGAAGAAGCGGCGGUUAGACCAGUGCCAGCAAUACGUGGUGUUUGAGCGCAGUGCUAAGCAGGCGCUGGACUGGAUCCAAGAAACAGGUGAAUAUUACCUCUCAACACAUACCUCCACCGGCGAGACCACAGAGGAGACUCAGGAACUGCUGAAAGAAUAUGGGGAAUUCAGGGUGCCUGCCAAGCAAACAAAGGAGAAGGUGAAACUUCUGAUUCAGCUGGCUGAUAGCUUUGUGGAAAAAGGCCAUAUUCAUGCCACAGAGAUCAGGAAGUGGGUGACCACGGUUGACAAGCAUUACAGAGACUUCUCCUUGAGGAUGGGGAAGUACCGGUACUCCCUGGAGAAAGCCCUAGGAGUCAACACCGAGGAUAACAAAGACCUGGAGCUGGACAUCAUCCCAGCAAGCCUUUCAGAUCGUGAGGUCAAGCUACGGGAUGCCAACCAUGAAGUCAAUGAAGAGAAGCGGAAGUCCGCCCGGAAGAAAGAAUUCAUUAUGGCUGAACUACUCCAGACAGAGAAGGCUUAUGUGAGGGACUUACAUGAGUGCUUAGAGACCUACCUAUGGGAAAUGACCAGUGGUGUGGAGGAGAUCCCCCCUGGGAUCCUUAAUAAAGAGCAUAUCAUCUUUGGCAACAUCCAGGAGAUCUACGAUUUUCAUAACAACAUCUUCCUUAAAGAGCUGGAAAAGUACGAGCAGCUACCUGAGGAUGUGGGACACUGCUUUGUUACCUGGGCGGACAAAUUUCAGAUGUAUGUCACCUACUGUAAAAACAAGCCCGAUUCCAACCAGCUGAUCCUGGAGCACGCAGGCACCUUCUUUGAUGAAAUACAGCAGCGGCAUGGUCUGGCCAACUCCAUCUCUUCCUACCUAAUUAAGCCUGUCCAGAGAAUCACCAAGUACCAGCUGCUCCUGAAGGAACUUUUAACUUGCUGUGAAGAAGGAAAAGGGGAACUCAAGGAUGGCCUGGAGGUGAUGCUCAGUGUCCCAAAGAAAGCCAAUGAUGCCAUGCAUGUCAGCAUGCUGGAAGGGUUCGACGAGAACCUGGAUGUGCAAGGGGAGCUGAUUCUCCAGGACGCCUUUCAAGUGUGGGACCCGAAGUCGCUGAUCCGGAAGGGGCGGGAGCGGCACUUGUUCCUCUUUGAGAUCUCCUUGGUUUUUAGCAAGGAGAUCAAAGACUCUUCCGGACACACGAAAUAUGUUUACAAGAACAAGCUACUGACCUCAGAGCUGGGUGUGACCGAACACGUAGAGGGAGAUCCCUGCAAAUUCGCCUUGUGGUCUGGGCGCACCCCAUCCUCAGACAAUAAAACCGUGCUGAAAGCCUCCAACAUAGAAACCAAGCAGGAGUGGAUCAAGAACAUACGCGAGGUGAUUCAGGAAAGGAUCAUUCACCUGAAAGGAGCUUUAAAGGAGCCAAUUCAGCUCCCCAAAACACCAGCUAAACAGAGGAACAAUAGUAAGAGGGAUGGAGUGGAGGAUGUUGACAGCCAGGGGGAUGGAAGCAGCCAGCCAGAUACCAUCUCCAUUGCCUCUAGGACAUCUCAGAACACAGUGGACAGUGACAAGCUCUCUGGUGGAUGCGAGUUGACCGUGGUCCUCCAGGACUUCAACGCCGGCCACAGCAGUGAGCUGACCAUUCAGGUGGGACAGACGGUGGAGCUGCUGGAGCGGCCAAGUGAGCGGCCAGGCUGGUGUCUGGUGCGCACCACGGAACGGAGUCCGCCCCAGGAAGGCCUGGUCCCCAGCAGCGCCCUGUGCAUCUCCCAUUCCCGAAGCAGCGUGGAGAUGGACUGCUUCUUCCCCUUGGUGAAAGACGGAUACUCUCAUUCUUCAAAUGAAAAUGGCGGCAAGUCCGAGUCAGUAGCCAACCUGCAGGCUCAGCCCUCCCUGAACUCCAUCCACAGCUCCCCCGGUCCCAAGCGCUCCACCAACACCCUUAAGAAGUGGCUGACGAGUCCUGUGCGCCGGCUUAACAGUGGGAAAGCAGAUGGAAACAUCAAGAAGCAGAAGAAAGUACGGGAUGGUCGGAAGAGCUUUGACCUGGGAUCUCCCAAGCCUGGGGAUGAGACUACCCCUCAGGGAGACAGCGCUGAUGAGAAGAGCAAGAAAGGUUGGGGUGAAGAUGAGCCAGAUGAAGAGUCACACACCCCCCUCCCCCCACCUAUGAAGAUCUUUGACAAUGACCCCACACAGGACGAGAUGUCCUCCUCUUUGCUAGCAGCCCGGCAGGCUUCCGCCGAAGUACCUACUGCUGCAGACCUUGUCAGUGCAAUAGAACAGUUGGUCAAAAGCAAGCUGAGCCUAGAAGGAGGCUCAUACCGGGGAAGCUUGAAAGACCCUGCAGGCUGCCUGAAUGAGGGGAUGACUCCACCCACACCUACUAGAAACCUGGAAGAAGAGCAGAAAGCCAAGGCCCUGAGAGGCAGGAUGUUUGUCCUGAAUGAACUGGUACAGACAGAGAAAGACUACGUCAAGGAUCUGGGAAUUGUGGUGGAGGGCUUCAUGAAGAGAAUAGAAGAAAAGGGUGUCCCCGAGGACAUGCGAGGAAAGGAUAAAAUCGUGUUUGGAAAUAUUCACCAGAUUUAUGACUGGCAUAAGGAUUUUUUCCUGGCUGAACUGGAAAAAUGUAUCCAGGAGCAAGAGAGAUUGGCACAACUCUUCAUUAAACAUGAGCGGAAGCUGCACAUCUACGUGUGGUACUGCCAGAAUAAGCCGCGCUCAGAGUACAUCGUGGCAGAGUACGAUGGCUACUUUGAAGAGGUGAAACAGGAGAUAAAUCAAAGGCUGACGCUUAGUGACUUCCUUAUCAAGCCCAUUCAGAGAAUAACAAAAUAUCAGUUGCUCCUCAAGGACUUCCUGAGAUACAGCGAGAAGGCUGGUUUGGAGUGUUCAGAUAUCGAGAAAGCAGUGGAGUUAAUGUGCCUUGUCCCAAAACGCUGCAAUGACAUGAUGAAUCUGGGACGCCUGCAGGGCUUUGAGGGCACCCUGACCGCUCAGGGGAAGCUGCUGCAGCAGGACACGUUCUAUGUGAUUGAGCUGGAUGCGGGCAUGCAGUCCCGGACCAAGGAGAGGCGCGUGUUCCUCUUUGAGCAAAUUGUCAUCUUCAGUGAACUGCUCAGGAAGGGAUCCCUCACCCCGGGCUAUAUGUUCAAAAGGAGCAUCAAGAUGAAUUACUUGGUCCUGGAGGAGAACGUAGACAAUGACCCCUGCAAGUUUGCGCUCAUGAACAGGGAGACUUCGGAGAGGGUCAUUCUGCAGGCUGCCAACGCUGACAUCCAGCAGGCCUGGGUGCAGGACAUCAAUCAAGUCUUAGAAACACAGCGGGACUUCUUAAAUGCACUACAGUCGCCUAUUGAAUAUCAGCGGAAGGAGAGGAGCACAGCCGUGAUGAGGUCCCAGCCUGCUAGGGCCCCCCAAGCCAGCCCCAGGCCCUACUCCUCUGUCCCUGUGGGCUCUGAGAAGCCCCCUAAGGGCUCCAGCUAUAACCCGCCUCUGCCACCCCUGAAGAUAUCUACCUCCAAUGGCAGUCCAGGGUUUGACUACCACCAGCCUGGGGACAAGUUUGAGGCCAGCAAGAGUGACCUAGGAGGCUGCAAUGGGACCUCGUCCAUGGCCGUGAUCAAAGAUUACUAUGCGCUGAAGGAGAAUGAAAUCUGUGUGAGCCAAGGUGAGGUGGUCCAGGUCCUCGCCGCCAACCAGCAGAACAUGUGCCUGGUAUACCAGCCUGCCAGCGACCAUUCCCCCGCGGCCGAGGGCUGGGUCCCGGGUAGCAUCCUGGCGCCCCUCACCAAAGCCAUGGCGGCGGCAGCAGCAGCAGCAGAAAAUAAUGACGGGAGCAUCAAGAAGUCAUGUUCAUGGCAUACUCUACGCAUGAGAAAGCGGGCGGAAGUGGAGAACACGGGUAAAAAUGAAGCCACAGGGCCUCGUAAACCCAAGGAUAUUCUGGGCAACAAAGUCUCUGUUAAAGAGACGAACAGUUCCGAGGAGUCAGAGUGUGAUGAUCUUGACCCUAAUACUAGCAUGGAGAUCUUAAAUCCAAAUUUCAUCCAAGAAGUGGCCCCAGAAUUCCUCGUGCCAUUAGUGGACGUGACCUGUUUGCUUGGAGACACAGUGACGCUGCAGUGCAAAGUCUGUGGGCGGCCAAAGCCCGCCAUCACCUGGAAGGGUCCAGACCAGACCAUCCUUGACACUGACAACAGCUCGGCCACAUACACCGUCUCUUCCUGUGAUUCCGGAGAAAUCACCCUGAAGAUCUGCAACCUGAUGCCCCAAGACAGCGGGAUCUAUACCUGCAUAGCAACAAAUGACCAUGGGACCACAUCCACGUCUGCUACCGUUAAAGUGCAAGGUGUCCCAGCGGCCCCUAACCGCCCCAUCGCCCAGGAGAGAAGCUGCACCUCCGUGAUCCUCCGCUGGCUGCCCCCUUCCAGCACAGGAAACUGCACCAUUUCUGGUUACACCGUGGAGUACAGAGAGGAAGGUUCCCAGGCCUGGCAGCAAUCGGUAGCUUCGACCUUGGACACUUACCUCGUCAUAGAAGACCUCAGCCCUGGGAGUCCUUACCAGUUCAGAGUCAGUGCCAGUAACCCCUGGGGAAUCAGCCUUCCCAGUGAGCCCUCAGAGUUUGUGCGGCUUCCAGAAUAUGAUGCUGCUGCUGAUGGUGCCACCAUUUCUUGGAAGGAAAAUUUUGAUUCAGCUUAUACUGAGCUGAAUGAAAUUGGAAGAGGCCGUUUCUCCAUAGUAAAGAAGUGCAUCCACAAAGCUACCCGCAAGGAUGUUGCUGUGAAAUUUGUUAGCAAAAAAAUGAAGAAAAAAGAGCAGGCUGCCCAUGAAGCGGCCCUACUUCAGCACCUGCAGCACCCGCAAUACGUCACUCUCCACGACACCUAUGAGUCCCCCACAUCCUACAUCCUGAUUUUGGAACUGAUGGAUGACGGCCGGCUCUUAGACUACCUUAUGAAUCAUGAUGAGCUGAUGGAAGAAAAAGUUGCUUUUUAUAUCCGAGACAUCAUGGAAGCUCUGCAGUACCUUCACAACUGCAGGGUUGCACAUUUGGACAUAAAGCCUGAAAACCUGCUCAUUGACCUGCGGAUCCCAGUGCCUCGAGUGAAGCUCAUCGACCUAGAGGACGCUGUCCAGAUCUCAGGCCAUUUCCACAUCCACCAUCUGCUGGGGAACCCCGAGUUUGCUGCUCCAGAAGUGAUCCAAGGCAUCCCCGUGUCCCUGGGAACAGACAUCUGGAGCAUUGGGGUUCUGACCUAUGUCAUGCUGAGUGGGGUCUCCCCCUUCUUGGAUGAGAGCAAAGAGGAGACAUGUAUCAACGUCUGCAGGGUGGACUUCAGCUUCCCCCAUGAGUACUUCUGUGGCGUGAGCAAUGCCGCCAGAGAUUUCAUCAAUGUGAUCCUGCAGGAAGACUUUCGGAGGCGGCCCACGGCAGCCACCUGCCUGCAGCAUCCAUGGCUGCAGCCCCACAACGGCAGCUACUCCAAGAUCCCCCUGGACACCUCCCGCCUGGCAUGCUUCAUAGAACGUCGCAAACAUCAGAAUGAUGUGCGGCCUGUUCCCAAUGUCAAGAGCUACAUUGUCAACCGGGUAAACCAAGGGACAUAGCUCUGUCCCACCCAGCCCUUGAGGUUUCACAUGGAAGUGCAGUGUGAACCAAAGCAAGACUGAAUGUGCCUGUAAAUAGCUGUGUUAAUCAUUUCACUCCAUGUGGUUCCCUGGAUUGAGAGAUGUACUUCUUAAACCUCCAGUGGUUGGUUAUUCAGGGUCUGAGCAGCAGUAAAAUCGUCUGAAGUCCAGGCAGGGGCUUUCCAGAAGGUCAUUCAGAAGAGAUAAAGAAGCAGUCACAGAAAGUAUUCAAAAGAGGGACAAGGAUCACAAGAAUAAUAGCUGUUAUAAAAUUUUAAUUGUGCAUUCCAAAAUGAGUGGGUAGCUGGGCAGAAUCGAAGCUCACUGUACUGAGUAUAAAAACGUUUGUUCCUUUGCUGAAAUUUUAAGCAAAAAGUUCUAUUUCACAGAGAUGUCAUGUAUGCCAACUAUUCUGUUUAGAUUAUUUAGAUAUAGUUUCUUAAUAGGAUACACAUACAUAUACAGUCAAAUAUAUCCCAUUCAGGUUUCAGAGUUUUAUAAUAUAGAGAUAUAUAUGAAAUCAAUCAUAAGUAACUGUGAGUGCUCCAGUUAAGACAGUAAUUUAUUUACCGAAGCAUUACGUUGUUUUGACGAAGCACAAUUAGACAUGUUUUUUAGAGCAUUUUAUAAAUCUUGUAUAGAAAUCCUUUACCAGAACCUUUGCAUUAAGGGAAAGCAACGUUACCCUUUUGCAACCUGUGAACAAGAAGAUUUUUCUCUCAGUCACAGGUAUUUGACUAAUAUAGGUUCUGUGUAUGAAAUGCUACCCCCAAAUUCACUGGCAGCUCAGAGUUAAUCUGGCAGGAAAGCCUGCCAGGAAGUAAGUCCAAAUACAGUAAGAGUUGUGGGCUAUUUUUAUGCCUACACUUGGUUUGAAAUAGGUAAGGAAUAUAACAGGUACCUACAAAAGGGCAAAUAGAAACCUUUCCUACAGUUCCUAUGAACACUGUACCAAUGCUUUCUGACACUUUCUGCAGCUAUAGCAUGCAGUCCUCAGAAAGUUGGCCUACUUUAUUUCUAUCCCCUUCUGGAAGCUAAGGGGUGCUCACCAACAGGAGGCAGCCAUAUAGGCCUUUGAAAGGCCUGGUCUCAAGUCCUUUUUUGAAGCCAUGGAAUAAAACCUGAUACAUCACUCUAACAGAGCAUUGAGUUUUAACUGUGACUGUAAUAUCUACCACCUCUCAGCCACUGACAUUUUCCUGGACGGAAAGGACUCACUGCAUUUUGAGGCUGACGCUGCUUUCUGGUGUAUAUUCUCUAUACGAGAUGAUAAUGAACUGCCCUUUUUUUCUGCUAGUGGAAAAAACAAUUAAACCUGGGCAUUUCGUGGGGUUUUUUUCUUUGUGUGUGUGUGUGUGUGUGUGUGUGUGUGUGUGUGUGUGUGUGUGUGUGUGUGUGUGUGUUUGGAAAGAGUUUUUGGUUUUGGGUUUGUCCAUGAUCCACCCUUUGUUUUCUAGAACAUGUUUUGAAACUUGCAAUUAUGCAAAUAAUAGUUUAAAAAUAUAACUCAAGUGUUUGUCCAAAUCAGGUUUAUUAAUGGCAUUGCUUCUCUCCUAUAAUAGGAUUGAGGGAUUAAAAUCAUGCAGCACAGAAGAGCAGGUGGAGAGUUUAGGAAGGAUAAAUGAAAAAGAACGGUGGAAACUAAGCCUGAACUUUAAUAUAUAAAAACACUUAUUUUCACAGUGGAAAUGUAGAAUUAAAAACACUCAUCAUUCUUUUCCACUGGUUUCAAAGUCAGCUUUGUCAUCUACCCUGCACUUCAUCCCAUCCAAGAUUAUAAAUUAAUAGAUUAGUGAAAAGUACAAGCAAUAAGACUAGAUAGCACUUCGUAUUUUCAGGAUUAACCAAAUAUGUGGAAACUGACUCAGACUGUAUUUGUUUCCUAGUUUUCAAAUGGCCCUGGGUCAUCAAGGGUCCCUUCCUCAGAGCUCUCUCUUGACUAACCCUUCAUAUCAUUCAUUGAAAAACAAAUGUAUAUACAAAAGCUUUAUGAUAUAAUAUUUGAAUAUUUAAAACAUAUUUACUAAAACCUCUUUUAGUAAACAUGUCAUCACGAUGAGACAUAGCGAAAAGAAGAAAAUCCUUGUCCCUAGGGCUUGUUAUGAGAUAGAAUGCAGGCACUGAGGAUUCCAGACAUCCAUACAGUAUGGCUUGGAAAGUUCUGUUCUGUCCACAGUGGACGAUGACUAAGGAGCCCCUGCUGAGUCAUUUUUGAGUGCUUAUGGCCAUGCAGGAGACAAGCUAAGUUUCUGCUUGAGGAGGAUAGGGCCUAGGACAAUGGUGCACAGACUGCACAGGAGAGCAUUAAUGAAACUGCUGUGGGGAGGACAGUUGACAGAAUGUUAGACAGAGCCAAAGCGUUUUUAUCAGCUUUUACAGCAGAGUGGGGACAGUCCAGAUGUGAGGUGGCCUGGAAUCUCCCCCAAGGACACUUGCUGGGGAAAUGAAGAGACAGGAGAGGAAGGACAUAGAAAUGAAAAGGAGUAUGAUUUUGUUUAACUGGAGCCAAAGUACAAUCAUUAGAAUAGAAUGAAUUUAAUAGAGGCCCAAAGAGAAAGGGGGUAUAUUUUAUAUAGUUUGAUAACUGAAGGAAACUAACAGGGAGACUCCCUGUCUGCAAAGCUCCUGGUCCCCCCCAAUAGGGAUAAGUAAAAGUCCAGGUUCAAGAAUUCUCCAUAGCAAGUUGGAAAUAACAAGGAAUCCCAGAAGAUGUGGCUGGGAAAUGUACUUCAGGUUGCUCUGUGGUGAGGGAUGAAGGACCAGGGACCACUUUCUUGUACCUGUUUUGGAAGAGAUAUUUAUUCCUUUGUGGGGGAGAAGAGAAAAUAGUUCACGUCUAUAAUUAUGGUGGUGUUUGAAAUGGAAACUAGGAAUUAGUGAGAGUGAACUUCCAGGUGAAAUGGGAAAAAUAAAUGUUGGUUAAAGUCACAAGUUCUUGCUUGGCUUAUAUUCCUUGCAUAGGGUUUUAGGUUUUUGUUUGUUCUGUAAAAGUGGGAUGGAGAAAGAAGGAAAAAAUCAGGGACAACCCAUAAUAAUUUUUAAAAGGUAUAGUGAUUUACUGCAUCCUUUCCAUUUGUUUCAAAUUAAAUAGAUUUAUAUCCACUUACAGCUGAAUGUGGGAACAUUUUUAAGAAAAAUACUAUAACGUUGACGGUGUCCUUCAAAUCUCUCACAGCCAUAAACACUCUUGGGGGAGAGAGGAAGGAGAAGAAAAGCUGGCUUCACUGCUUUGUGAUUCACAAAGCCUUUAUAAUAGUAGUGCCUUCAGAGGGGAGGAUGGGAGGUAAAGAAGUUCAUUGUAUUUAGAUUGACUGAUAUUGCAGCAUUUUUUCUUUGUUUAAAAAUGUCUUUUAAAUGAAAACAUCUGAAUAUAGGGUGAGCCUAGGAAUUCUUGGGUUUCAACCUCAGCUAUUCCUGAUUCAUCCUUUCUUACAGAAAGUCUGGGUUUUUUUCUGCCCCAAAUGUCCCCAUUGUUAAAAUGGGAGUUGGGGGGAAAGAAGGGGGACAUUAAUUUCAUAGGAAUGUUGGAGGAAGACCUUAGUUGGGAUGUCUAGAAAAUACUUUGAUUUUUUUUUUAAAGUGCUACACACUGCCAGUGCUAAGAAUAUUGAUAGUAACUUUGAACAUUCCAGGUUUUUUAAUAUUCAUAUCUUUAGAUACCAUUUGCAAACUCAUGAGAAUAAAUUCUGUAAAUUGAUUUUAAUUGGAAGUACUAGGUGCUCUUUGUCUAAAUGUUAUUUGGUCUUAGCUUGUAAUUUUGAUCGUUUAAAAGCUUGUCUACAGAAAAAGGUUAGGAGAGCUGAUUGAAGUCUUAUGUCAAUAAACUGUUUUCGCCAGCAUUUCUUAUGGCGACCGCCACUCUCUUCUCAAGCCUUCUGCUCUGGAAAAAUUGACAGACAGGAAUCCAAACAGCUACUUUCCUCACUGGGAAGGCAGAAGUGAGAAUAAAAUAUUUUCUGAUAUCACAACUCAUUUCUUCAGAAUCUCACAGGCAUCUAUAAGAGACAAAUUAAAUGCACAGAUGUAGAAAUGAAUAGAACUGGUGGUUUGGGGAGGGAAAGUUUUGACUUUCUUUUUGGUUUUUUUUUUAGAUAAUUAGGUAUUUUGGGAGUAGCAUAGUUGCUUUCCUAUAGUCUCCAUGAUUUAGUGCCUGUGAGUUUGUCAUUACUUUUUUCUUGCCUAUGUGGAAGAGCAUGGAGGUUUAGAUUUGUGAGAACAUGAGGGAGCAAAUAUGUUAUAAAGUAGAUGGUGGUUAUUUCUGUGUAUUAACUAAAACUUUGCCCUAUGGAUUUGCUAGAGGAGGGAAUAUUUCCCACACAAGGGGGGGGAGGGGUCUCUGUAGUAGAGUAAAAGUGCAGUUUUAAGGAAUGUUGACCUACUCCUUUCUCUCCUGUGUAGCAUCUCUGUGGAGUGUAGGUUAGGCCAACACAGUAUGUGAGCUUUCCAUGGAUUUAUUUGUAUUAUGGUUUUUCUUAACUAUUUAAAAUCAUUUGGAAAUGAAUGAUUAAAACCGGGGGCAGAGUUAGGAAAGAUAAGGUUUAUACAUAUACCACUAAGAAAAGGGAAGCUACUAUGUUAAUAUUCAUUUUCUAAAAACUAUAAGGCUCUCGUUGUUUAAUUCUGGAGGGUUAAAAAGGGCUGAACUUUGUCCAUAGCUCUAGAUGUUUAGAAAAUAUUAUUCAUGUGAGAAAUCUAUACAGAAAUAGUAGAACACAGAAAUAUCAUAGGCCAUAUUUUCUAUGAAAGGCAUUUCUUCCUCAUUUUUAAUAUAUGUAGAAGUUAGAGGAGAGGAAAAAGCAAUUACUCUAAGACAAAUGUUCAUCUUUAAGGGACAUUUAUGGAAAACCUGAAAUUAAUCCUCAUAGGCAUUGUGUUGUCCUGUCAGCCUGUUUGCUGGGAGCUUCUAACCUGUGGUCAGAUUUAGUUUCUAUUCAAAUGAUCAAGAUUAACUGUUUAUUCAGAUCACUGUUAUUUUGGAUAGUGAAGAUAGCUGAGAAAAGGGAGGGUGGUGGAAAAACGUGCAAAUAAAUUCUUGGAGUCACAACUCCUGAGGCUUAAGUUAAGCAAGCUAAUUUGCUAGCCCACAAAUAACUAGCCUACGAGUUCCACCAAUGCCUGAUUUCUCUCAAGAAAUGAAUCCACAUCCUGGAGUGUUAUGGGAACUGUUACCGUGAUCUCAAAGAUUGUGGUUAUAAAUUCGAAGUUAACAAACAUACAUCUUCUCUUACUAACUUAAGCCAUAUCUGUCAUCUCUGUGUUUGAUUUUUUUGACCCUGGUGCUUUUACUUCUAUUCCUGCCAAACUUCGGUCUACUCUAUAGGGAAGGUGAGUAAAACUAGCAGUUAGGACAAAUGUGAAGACUGUGAAAAAACUAAACAUACUCUUUGGAAUGAAAUCCUAGUUAGAGAACAGUAGUGAUCAAAGUGCAAACUGUUGGAAAAUAUGGAUAUAUGUACAUCUGUACAUGUAUAUAGUGUAUAAUAUGUAUGUAUAUGUUAUUGCUCAUAUGCAGAAAUCUAUCCAUUUGAAGACAGCCCAGGUGGGUUAAUUUCUCUAUUGGAAAACCAUUCAGGGCCAUCCAAAACCAUUAGGGCUGAUGGGUAGAGUUAGAUUCUACUCACUUAGGAAUUAUUUGCUGUCUUUCGAAAUCCACAAAACCAAAUAAACAAAGCCUGAAACAUAAUGGGGCCAUCAUUUGGGUUAUUCUGCUUAUCUGGAGUCAGAAAUAUCUUUAUAUUUGAAUUAUUAACAGUUGGUUUGCAAACUACAUUGGCCCCUCUUGGUUUUGAGGGACUCCUCCCCACCAAGUCUUUUGAGAGUUUGGGGUGGGCUUCUCUGGCCAUUCAGUUAAAGGGCCUUAUCCAUAUGUGGACAGGUUUCCCCAUAGGGACCAUUACACAUAUACAUAUAAGUACAUACUUCCAUCAGGCUUGUAACAAUUGAUUUAAAAUCACUCCACAGUAUUGAUAAAUAGUUCUAUAUUUUCAAGGUGCAGAAGAAUUCCACAGCCUUAAUUAUUUCAGUGUCUUGCUGGUCUGCCUUAAGUGUAUCUUCUGGGUUUUGGUUAUCUUAUUAUUUUUUAAAUUUUCUGCAGUUGUUCAUUUUGUAUGCACACAAUGUCAUUUUGUAAAGGUAGGUUGUAAAUAUUUUAUUUGUAAGUUAAAUUCACUCACGUGUAAUGUUGUAAAGUGAUGACCUGCUGUCUUGUUAUUACUACAGUAAAUGUUAUGGAUGAAACUUCAAAAUGUACAUCUCACAAGUUAUGCAUUCCUAUAAAUAUACUAUACUAAAGAUCUUA